AAAACCAUGACUGUUGGAGCCAGCUUCGCACUGUGCGAUCAUGGGGUCGAGCAGGCGCAUUGAAUGUAUAUUUUUCAGUGAAUUUCACCCAACUUUAGGGCCAAAGAUCACAUAUCAGGUUCCUGAGGAAUAUAUUUCAAGGGAGUUGUUCGAUACUGUGCAGGUCUACAUCAUCACCAAACCUGAACUCCAGAACAAGCUCAUUACAGUGACUGCGAUGGAUAAGAAACUCAUUGGCUGCCCGGUGUGCAUAGAGCAUAAGAAAUACAGUCGAAAUGCUUUACUCUUCAACUUAGGUCUUGUUUGUGAUGCUACAACUAAGACAUGCGCCCUAGAGCCCAUCGUCAAGAAAUUAUCAGGGUACCUGACAACACUGGAGCUUGAGAGCGGCUUCAUCUCAAAUGAAGAGAGCAAGCAGAAGCUCCUGCCCAUAAUGUCUACAUUACUGGAGGAGCUCAAUGCAACGGGGGCCUGCACCUUACCUAUUGAUGAGUCCAACACAAUUCACUUGAAGCUGAUUGAACAGAGGAAAGAUCCCAUGAUCGUUCAGGAAUAUGAUGUGCCGGUCUUCACCCAGAACAAAGACCACUUCAUCAAGUCCCAGUGGGAUCUCACCACCCAACAGAUCCUGCCCUACAUUGAUGGGUAUCGACACAUACAGAAGAUCUCUGCCGAAGCUGACGUUGAGCUGAAUUUGGUACGAAUCGCCAUUCAGAACUUACUGUAUUAUGGAGUUGUAACACUAGUGUCAAUAUUUCAGUACUCCAAUGUUUAUUGCACAACACCUAAAGUCCAGAGCCUAAUAGAUGACAAAUCUAUUCAAGAAGAAUGCCUUCACUACAUCAAUAAACCAGGACAGAGAGCCAGUCUCAGGGAUGUAUUUCAGCUAUAUUGUGGUUUGACUCCUGGAACUACAGUGCGUGAUCUGUGCUCUCGUUACUCCCAGCAGCUACAGAGAGUGGAUGAGAGGAAGUUGAUCCAGUUUGGUUUGAUGAAGGGCCUGAUUCGCCGACUUCAGAAGUAUCCAGUUAAAGUUGUUCGAGAUGAAAGAAGCCGUCCUCCCAGACUCUUUACUGGUUGCCAUAGUUAUGAUGAGAUCUGCUGCAAGACUGGAAUGAGUUACAAGGAACUGGAUGAGCGCUUAGAAAAUGAUCCCAACAUUAUCAUCUGCUGGAAGUGACGUCUUAUGAAAGAGGAACAAUGUAGAUAUGUUUAGAGACAUGCCUCCAGUUCAGGCGAUGGGCCAGACAACCUGUGGUUAGACUGAGCUGCAACAGCGGAACAGCGAUUGGAAAUAGAUGAGCAGAUGUGCGCGAGGACAGAGGAAAAGCUCCCAAAACAGACAUACUCCAUAUCCCCAAAAGUCUGUAGGCAACUAUUCAUCUUAUUCAUCUUCAGAUCAAUAUUAUUAAAAAAGAGCUUGUCCCCCUUUGCUGCAUAAACAUUUUCAGCUUUUCUGUGGAGGGCGUUACACUUGAUGAUAAAACAUGGCUGUGAGGAUGUGAUUGCAUCCAUGGCACAAAAGCAUUAAUGACGUCAGUUGGAUGUUUAGAUCAGGAUCACAAAUGCCACUCCAACAGUAUUAGAAGGUGCUUCACACUAGGGAAUGCAGUUCCACUGCUUCACAGCCUAGUGCUGGGCUUUAUACACCUCUAGUCAACACUUGACAAUGGGCUUGGUGACCUCAGGCUCAUGUACAGGUUCUCCAGAACAUCCCAUUCUACUGACAGUGCUUCUCUAUUAUAUAAGUUAUGUUUGUGCAUUGCACUAUUUGAAGGCAUGUAUCAGCAAUGGGUGCUUACAAAUUUAUCUAAAUUUGCUAAUUAGAAGGUGUUUCUAAAUACCUUUGGAUAUAUAGUGUAGCUGAAUACGUUGAGUUGCGGUUUAAGCAUGCUAACCUGCAUUUCCGAUUGGCCGCACAUCAUAUAAAAGUGUGCUGUGCUUGCUGGGACAUGACUUAUUGAUAGGAGAGUACAUCAGGCAAGAUGACGUUAAUACAGUAUGUGCCCUGUUGCCUUAUUGUAAACUGACCAAGUGGAUGAAUGUGAUGUCUCAAAUGUUGGAAGUAAAAAAAAAUAAACUUCUGAUAUUUUUCUCUUA